AGAAACACCAAACAUUGUGUCAAUAUAUCCACUGAAUCAAAGUCAAAUGAUGGAGGAACAAGUACACAUAGUGCCUUACAAUAAAGACACGAGAACACAGUACUGGUUACGGUGUGACAUCAUAAAUGUUGCUCCUGUUCAACAUCUGACUGUGAGAUGGUACAAAAAUAAUAAAACCAUCCAGACAGAGUCUUUCAAUGACACAACAACUAAAACACUGGUGAAUGAGUCCUCUAUUCUGAGAAUUGACAUCAGCAGAGAAGAAAAAGCCACUGAGUUCAGAUGUGAAGCUGAGCUGGACUUUGGACCACAUGGACUAAAACUUCCUGCCACUUCUCAAACACACAGAGUUUCAGCCCACUAUGCUCCUGAGAUCAACACAAGUUGUACUGUUGACAUCUCACCACUUGAGGGCACUAACAUCACAUUGAGCUGUGAAGCUGUUGGAAACCCUCCUCCUGUGUAUAACUGGACUUGUGAUGGGGAAAACAUGUUGGAGAACACAAACAGUCUCAAUAUUAUGCGAAUCAAUCGCAAUAAAACCUGCACCUGCACAGCUACCAAUUAUCUGGGAAACAUAUCUAAAACAAUCAAUGUUCAUAUUACACCAAGAGGUUGUCCUCUAACUCUGGCACCGUCUGAAAUGGUUGUGAGAUUUGGAGAUCCAGUUUCAAUCAAAUGCAGCACAUCAGCCACAGAUGUUGCUGAAAUGGCCUGGAUGACUCCUGCUGGAGACAAAGAAUUUAAACCUGGUUCUGAUGUCACUUGGAUGGUUAAAAACCUGAAAUGGUGGACUCCAAGUCCUUUCUGCAGCAUCACUUUAAAUGACGAUUUUCAGUGUUCUGUGAGCCCAGUCAUCAUUGUUUAUAAAACCCCAGAGACCGUGUCAAUCUCUGAAAUGAAUCAUGGUCUGAUGUUGAAGCACAAAGAGGACAAGAAGUACACCAAGACACAAUACAAACUGCAGUGUGGCAUCAUCAAUGUUGCUCCUGUUCAGUAUCUCACUAUUACUUGGUAUAAAAACAAUAAAAUCAUCCAGACAGAAUCUUUCAGUGACACAACCAAAACACCAGUAAAUGAGUCCUCUAUUCUGAGAGUUGACAUCAGCAAAGAAGAAAAAGUCGUUGUGUUCAGAUGUGAGGCCAAGCUGGACUUUGGACCACAUGGACCAAAACUUCCCGCUAUUUCUCAAACACACAAUGUUUCAGCCCACUAUGCUCCAGAGGUAAACACAAAAGAUAGUAAUCAUGACUAUCUACUUGAAGGUUCUAAUAUCACCUUGAGCUGUGAAGCUGAGGGAAACCCUCCUUCUGUCUAUAACUGGACUUGUGAUGGGGAGAAUAUGUUGGCGAACACAAACAGUCUCAAUAUAACUCGAGUAAAUCGCACUAAAACCUGCACUUGCACAGCUGCCAAUUAUCUGGGAAGCGUAACCAAGACGAUCAAUGUUCAUGUUGAGCCAAGAGGUAAAACCAAUGAAAUCACUUUUGCAGUCAUUUGGGCUUUGCCAUUUGUAGCAGCCAUCAUCAUCUUCAUCUUCAUUGUGUUCUACUGUCGCAAUCAGUGGAAAAAACAUGGACAUUAUAGUUUUGUUUCUGACAAAGAUAUCCCUUUGACACAAACUAAUGGAAACAAAGGCAUGGCAGGACUGACUGCAGAGUACCAGCUGAUGCAUGUGGGUCUGGUGUGGGCAGAGUCGAGCUCAGGGAGGGUGGAAAGUCAUCUGGAGGAGACAAGAUGGGUCGGAACUGGGAGCAGUAUAGCUGGACAUCGUCUGGACGAUCCUGAAACAAUGCUCACUUCCUUCCAUCUCAUUAUUCCUCCUGCAUGCUGUUCAAGCAUGCUGUCUGUGAGGAUACUUAGCUUCUUCCUACUCAUCUUUUCACUGUGUGCAGGUUGCCCUUUAACACUGACACCUUCUGAAAUGGUUGUGAGAUUUGGAGAUCCAGUUUCAAUCAACUGCAGCACAUCAGCCACAGAUGUUGAAGGAAUGGGCUGGGAGUCUCCAUUUGGAGGUACAGGAUUUGAGUCUCCUCCUGUUGUCACUUGGAGGGUUGACAAAGUGGAAGAGUGGACUCCAAGUCCUUUUUGCUAUGUUACUCUAAAUGAUGGAUCCCAGUGUUCUGUGAGUUCAGUCAUCACUGUUUACAAAACUCCAGAUUCUGUGUCAGUGUCUGACAUGGGUCCUAGUCUGAUGGUGGAGGGCAGAGAAUAUGAUCUGAAAUGUGAUGUCAUCAGUGUUGCUCCUGUACAGAAUCUCACCGUGACGUGGUACAGAGGCAAUGAAACUGUGCUCACAGAGAUGUUUAAUGACUCCACUAUGACUCCAGUAAACGCAUUUUCUACCCUGAGAAUCUCCACUCAGAGAGAUUAUAAUGGAUUAACUUUUAGAUGUGAGGCUGAGCUGCACCUCGGACCCAAAGGACCAAAGUUCCUCCCUAAUGUAGCCUCACCUCCUUACACUGCUGUUGUUCUUUAUAAACCAUUCAUGGAAUCUUGUCCAGACAACGUCACUGUUAUUGAAAAUGCUGCCUUCAGCAUUGACAUGUUAUCCUGUCAGCCUGAUGGGAACCCUCCUCCCACUGUUCAGUGGUUCUAUGGGGAGAAACUCAUCAAUCCAUCGAGGUCACUGACCAGGACUGACUCAGGAAAGUACACGGCUGUUGUUGAAAACAGUCUUGGCAGAAGCAACACUUCAGUUAAUAUCACAGUGGAAUACGGUCCUUCUUUCACCUGCAAAGAGCACUAUGAGAUCACAGUGAAUGAUAAACCUCAGAGUAUCUGUGAACCAGUAGGAUUACCUACACCCACCCUCACCUGGUUUAAAGAUGGCAAACAGGUGGUUUCCCCACAGCAUUGGAAAAAGAAUAAUAGUGGAAAAUACUCGCUUAAUGCACACAACACACAUGGAACAGCUGAACACACACUGUAUCUUGACAUUUUGUAUGCCCCUGAAUUCAAAGAAGGAAAUGAAAGCAAGGAGGUGCUGCAGGGUGAGAAUGUUACUUUAAGCUGUAGUGCUGACAGUAACCCACCUUCAAACAUCACCUGGAUCUACACAGCUGCUGUGAAUUCAAACGUGACCACUGAGGGGCGCCCGAAGACUAUCACUAUCACAAGAGCUACAUCUACCAAUGCUGGUUUUUACAUUUGUGUUGCAGAGAAUACAGUUGGGAGAAAUAAAAGAUUCAUCACACUGAUGAUAACAGGUAAAAGCAGUCAAAUCCCAUUUCCAAUCAUUUGGGCGUCGCUCAUUCUAUUGAUCAUCAUUCUGAUUCUUCUUGUGGUCUGUUGUCGCAUUUGCCAAAAAAAACGUGGACAUUACAGUUUUUUUCCUGUCAAAGUGUCAAAUGUCUCAAAUAUCCCUUUGAUUACUGUACAAGCCAAUGGAAAAGAUUUAUUCUACUUCCUUAAACAAAGAGAGACAAACUCAAUCUCUUUCUAUGAUGACCAGCAUCUCUUUGAAAGCAGUUCCAGUCGUUCACCUCACAAGGCUGGACGAGAACCUCCCCACCUCUCCUCCUGCCCCACAGCAAGGUCUCUCUGCACCGUGUCUCUGUCCUUCCCACCAGACCACUUCAUUGGUCCCUUCCUGGUGGCUCCCUGUCCUGAUUGGCUGACGACAGUGUCCUUCAAGGACAUGAACUCGCUCAGCUGUUGCCCUUUAACACUGACACCUUCUGAAAUGGUUGUGAGAUUUGGAGAUCCAGUUUCAAUCAACUGCAGCACAUCAGCCACAGAUGUUGAAGGAAUGGGCUGGGAGUCUCCAUUUGGAGGUACAGGAUUUGAGCCUCCUCCUGUUGUCACUUGGAGGGUUGACAAAGUGGAAGAGUGGACUCCAAAUCCUUUUUGCUAUGUUACUUUGGUUGAUGGAUCCCAGUGUACUGUGAAUCCAGUCAUCACUGUUUAUAAAACUCCAGAUUCUGUGUCAGUGUCUGACAUGGGUCGUGGUCCAAUGGUGGAGGGCAGAGAGGAUGAUCUGAAGUGUGAUGCCAUCAAUGUGGCUCCUGUUCAAAAUCUCACAGUGACGUGGUACAGAGGCAAUGAAACUGUGCUCACAGAGACAUUUAAUGACUCCACUAUGACUCCAGUAAACGCAUUUUCUACCCUGAGAAUCUCCACUCAGAGAGAUUACAAUGGAUUAACUUUUAGAUGUGAGGCUGAGCUGCACCUCGGACCCAAAGGACCAAAGUUCCUCCCUAAUGUAGCCUCACCUCCUUACACUGCUGUUGUUCUUUAUAAACCAUUCAUGGAAUCUUGUCCAGACCACGUCACUGUUAUUGAAAGUGCUGUCUUCAGCAUUGACAUGUUAUCCUGUCAGCCUGAUGGGAACCCUUCUCCCACUGUUCAGUGGUUCUAUGAGGAGAAACUCAUCAAUCCAUCGAGGUCACUGACCAGGACUGACUCAGGAAAGUACACGGCUGUUGUUGAAAACAGUCUUGGCAGAAGCAACACUUCAGUUAAUAUCACAGUGGAAUACGGUCCUUCUUUCACCUGCAAAGAGCACUAUGAGAUCACAGUGAAUGAUAAACCUCAGAGUAUCUGUGAACCAGUAGGAUUACCUACACCCACCCUCACCUGGUUUAAAGAUGGCAAACAGGUGGUUUCCCCACAGCAUUGGAAAAAGAAUGAUAGUGGAAAAUACUUGCUUAAUGCACACAACACACAUGGAACAGCUGAACACACACUGUAUCUUGAAAUUUUGUAUUCUCCUGAGUUCAAGGAAGGAAAUGAAAGCAAGCAGGUGCUCCAGGGUGAAGAUGUUACUUUAAGCUGUAGUGCUGACAGUAACCCACCUUCAAACAUCACCUGGAUCUACACAGCUGCUGUGAAUUCAAACAUGACCACUGAGGGGCGCCAGAAGAUAAUCACUAUCACUAGAGCCACGUCUACCAAUGCUGGUUAUUACGUCUGUGUUGCAGAGAAUAAAGUUGGAAGAAAUAAAAGAUUCAUCACACUGAUGAUAAAAGGCAAUACCAGUAAAGUCCUCUUUCCAGCCAUUUGGGCUUUGCUCAUUCUAUUGAUCAUCGGUCUUACCCUCCUUGUGGUCUAUUUUCACAACCGGCAGAAAAAACGUGGACAAUACAGUUUUGUUCCUGUGUGCCAAAUCUGGACUUGUGAUGGGGAAAAUAUGUUGGAGAACACAAACAGUCUCAAUAUCACCCUAGUAAAACGCAACACAACCUGCACCUGCACAGCUACCUAUUAUCUAGGAAACAUAACUAAGACAUUCCAUGUUCAUGCUGGACCAAGAGGUUGCCCUUUAACACUGACACCUUCUGAAAUUGUUGUGAAAUUUGGAGAUCCAAUUUUAAUCAACUGCAGCACAUCAGCUACAGAUGUUGAAGGAAUGGGCUGGGAGGCUCCAUUUGGAGGUACAGGAUUUGAACACCCUCCUGUUGUCACUUGGAGGGUUGAAAAACUAGAAGAGUGGACUCCAAGUCCUUCCUGCUAUGCUACUUUGGUUGAUGGAUCCCAGUGUACUGUGAGUCCACUCAUCACUGUUUACAAAACUCCAGACUUUGUGUCAGUGUCUGACAUGGGUCAUGUUCCGAUGGUGGAGGGCAGAGAGUAUGAUCUGAAAUGUGCUGUCAUCAGUGUUGCUCCUGUACAGAAUCUCACAGUGACGUGGUACAGAGGCAAUGAAACUGUGCUGACAGAGACGUUUAAUGAAUCUACUGCGAUCCCAGUAAACGCAUCUUCUACCCUGAAAAUCUCCACUCAGAGAGAUUACAAUGGAUUAACUUUUAGAUGUGAGGCUGAGCUGCACCUCGGACCCAAAGGACCAAAGUUCCUCCCUAAUACAUCCUCACCACCUUACACUGCUGUUAUCCUCUAUGCCCCUGAGUUCAAAGAAGGAAAUGAAAGCAAGGAGGUGCUCCAGGGUGAGAAUGUUACUUUAAGCUGUAGUGCUGACAGUAACCCACCCUCAAACAUCAGAUGGAUCUACACAGCUGCUGUGAAUUCAAACGUGACCACUGAGGGACAACAGAAGACUAUCACUAUCACAGGAAUCACGUCUGCCAAUGCAGGCAUUUACAUUUGUGUUGCUGAGAAUGAAGCUGGGAGAAAUACAUGA